AUGUCCGACCUGUUAGAAGUGAUCCGUCAGGAAGUUGAGGCACGCGAGAUUGGUGAGGGUGUGAAGACCAACGUGAGCUUUGAGAAACUCCACCCUAAUCAUCAUAAAACGCCGACCACGAAUGCGCUCUUGUAUCAAGAUGGCAAACGAUUUUCGUCUUCGGGAAAUCAAAUUAAAUGCGUCUAUUGUGGUGGAUUACAUUACUCUGCUUCCUGUGAAAAUGUGAGUGACCCUCAUGCUCGUUUGGAAAUCCUGAGAAAGGGUCGAAGAUGUUACGUUUGUUUCAAACCUGAUCACCAUGGUGGCUCAUGCAAAAGGAACUGUGGAAGAUGUCAGGGCCAUCAUCAUCAGUCGAUGUGCCGAAAAGUUGUGCCAAAGAACCCCGAUUACAGCUCCUCUACGUCUGGUUUGAACGAUCAGAAUUCGAGGGAAGGGCAAAACUGGACUCUUAGAAUAGACGUCACGAAAUACCCACAUUUGAUAGAUUUAGAUUUAGCAGACCGUUCUGCGAUCGACAGAGACUCUAUUGAUAUUCUCAUUGGCUCAGAUUAUUACAGGGACAUUGUCACUGGAGAAUCAAUCCGCGGUGAAUUUGGUCCCACAGUCAUGAACAGCAAGUUUGGUUGGCUUCUGUCAGGCCCUACCGAAGAGCAACAUGUCCAUGAAAUUUCCAAUGUCGUCUCGAAUCUUGUCAUCUGUGCCAAACCAUUGUUAAACGAAACGAAUGAAGCUGACGAGAUCACUAAUAUGCUGAAAAUGUUCUGGGAAACCGAAAGCAUCGGAAUCACAGACGACAUCGAAUCAGCAACUCAUUUAACACUUAAAGCUAAGCGAAACGAAGAAGUCUCUUUUAAUGGUCGUUAUUACGAAGUUGCUCUCCCAUGGAAGGAAGACUGCUUGCCAUGUACAAACAAUUAUCGAAUGUGUGAAACGCGUCUGCGAUCUUUGCAUCAUAAAUUUAAACACGAGCCGAUUUUACUUCACGAAUAUGACAAGAUUAUACAAGAGCAAACGCGAACGGAAAUCGUCGAAAAGGUGCCAAAUUUAAACGAUACGAACGAGCUCAAUACAAAGAGGGUUUCUUAUUCACCUCACCACGCUGUUGUACGAAAGGAUAGAGAAACGACAAAGGUUCGCAUCGUUUGUGAUGGAUCAGCCAAGAAUUCUGAGGAGGAACCUUCUCUGAACGAUUGUUUAGAAUUUGGAGACAAUUAUAUUCCCCAUAUCUUCCACAUGCUAACUAAGUUUCGCUGGAAUGCCAUCGGGCUUACUGCAGAUAUUGAGAAAGCAUUUUUGAUGGUGGGCAUUAAACAAGAAGAUCGAGACAUGCUCCGAUUUCUAUGGUUCGAAGAUCCGUUCGCGAAGAAACCAGAGAUCGCAGAGUUUCGAUUCAACCGACUUGUCUUCGGUCUACGCCCUUCGCCUUCAAUCCUGGGAGCCACAAUAAAGCAUCACUUGCGUUUGUGCAAGCAAAGCGAACCGGAGAUGGCGGAAAUGUUAGAAAGGUCUUUGUACGUUGACGACCUGAUUACCAGAACAGAAAGUGACGAGGAGGCUCUCGUCGUCUACAAGAAAUCAAAGCAAACUAUGGUCGAAGGCGGAUUCAACCUUAGAAAAUGGAAUUCAAACUCGCGCACCCUGUUGAAAGCGAUCGAGAGUGUUGAAAAUUCAAGUGAAGCCAAAUCGAAUCAAGAUAUUACGACAGAAGACGACGAGUCAUACGCCAAAUUACCGACUACACCUAGUAGCUCUGAAGUGAAGAACGGCACGAUUGUCAAGGUUCUAGGACUUAAUUGGGACACUGAGUCUGAUGAGUAUUUCUUCGAUCUCAGAGAAUUGUACAAAUAUGGCAGUUCACUUCCGGCAACAAAACGUUCAGUUCUGAAACUGACGGCCAAGAUAUUCGAUCCCAUCAGAUUUCUGAUGCCUUUCACCGUUGGAAUGAAAAUCUUGUUUCAAGAACUUUGCCUAGACAAAAUCGACUGGGAUAGCGAUUUAAAGGGUACUUUGCCCAUCACUUGGAACACGCUACUUGAAGAAUUGAAAUGCCUCAGCAAUGUACGAAUUCCGCGUUGUUAUUUUCAGUCACGAUCUGUAGAAAUAGAGCUUCGGGGUUUCAGCGACGCCUCUCAUUGUGCGUAUGCAGCAGUUAUUUUCAUGCGUUCACUCUAUCAAGACGAACGAGUUGACGUUCGUUUGGUUGCCUCAAAAUCACGAGUAGAGCCGUUGAAGAAACAGUCUAUCCCGCGGCUGGAAUUACUUGGAGCAGCUCUCCUCGCACGACUUGUUCACGAAUUCAAUUCUAACGAAAAACAAUUUAAAACAAUCAAUUGGACCGACUCGAUGACUGCCUUGUGCUGGAUCAAAAACAAGCGAGAACUUUCCACAGAUACGACUUGGUGGAAUGGCGCCGCAUUCCUUUACGAACUAAAAUCUGAAUGGUCCGUUAACCGAUCGACACAAUCCGAAGAUAAGGUUGCUCUUGAAGAAGCUGGAAAGAAUCCACCAUCUGUCACGCAUUCACUUGUGAAUAAUUCAGACGACACUCCAGAGAGGAGAAUUAAUCAGAUAAUCGACACAAGGCGCUUUCACAACUUAACAAGUCUGCUCCGUGUAACGGCCCUGGUUAUCAAGUUUGCAAGGAAGUUCAAGAAUGGAGUUCGAAACGAGAGUACCGAAGAAGAAGUGAGUUUAAAAGCCACUGAUCUAAAGGAAGCCGAGAAUCUCUGGAUCAAGUCAGUUCAAGCAUCGUCGUUCACCAAGGAAAUUGAAUUCCUGCAGCGCGAAGAUCACAAGUCGACCCCGCCAAC